ACGGGCUGGGGGACACAGGAUGGCAGAGCUAAUAGGAGUAUCUAACGGGACAUGCGGACGGGCUGGUUUCUUCUAAUAUUUCAAGUGCUGCGUGCGCUUCCUCUCUCCGCCUCUCGCCCGCAGUCUGUGUCGGUGUGAGGCCCCGCCAUGCCGCUGGUGAAGAGGAACAUCGAGCCCCGUCACCUCUGCCGAGGCGAGCUCCCCGAUGGCAUCGGCAGCGAGCUGGAGUGUGUGAUGAACAACACGCUCUCGGCCAUCAUCCGCCAGCUCAGCAGCCUGAGUAAACAUGCAGAGGACAUAUUUGGGGAGCUUUUUAACGAGGCCAACACCUUCUAUCUGCGUGCCAACUCGCUCCAGGACCGCAUUGACCGGCUGGCCGUGAAGGUCACACAGCUGGAUUCCACUGUGGAGGAAGUCUCUCUACAAGAUAUUAACAUGAGGAAAGCCUUUAAGAGCUCCACCACUCAGGACCAGCAGGUGGUGUCCAAGAGCAGCGUUCCCAAUCCUGUCAAAGAGAUGUACAACCUGAGUGACAAGCCUCCGCCUCUCAUGAUCCUCUCACCGUACAGGGAUGAUCACAAGGAGGCGCUUAAGUUCUACACCGAUCCCUCGUACUUCUUUGAUUUGUGGAAAGAGAAGAUGCUGCAGGACACAGAGGACAAGAGGAAAGAAAAGAGGAAGCAGAAGGAGCAGAGGCGUUGUGUGGAUGGGACGCUACAGAGGGAGGUGAAGAAGGUCCGCAAGGCGCGGAACCGUCGGCAGGAGUGGAACAUGAUGGCUUUGGACAAGGAGCUGAGGCCGGACCACCGACACACCAUCCACCGCGACAGAGGGGCUUCGUCCGAGGGUUCCAUGUCGCCAGAGAACAGGGGCCACGGCUUAGACCAGCACCACUACCCCAACAGCAUGAACCACGCCGGCCACGCCCACACCUACUCCGGCCCUCCGCCCAGCGUCCUGGCGGCUCAAAUGGCCGCCGGUCACGUCGCCCGCGGCGGCAGCGAGCACGACGCGCGAGGCAGGACGAUGAUGGCCUAUCAGGGUGGGACGCUGGGCCGCGCCCACCACCACCAGGUCCCGCUGCCUCCUCCACCCACAGAGGCCAUGAAUGGGGGCUCCAUGUCCCUCCCACCCAUGGACUACAAUAUGGAUGGUUACGCCAACACCAGCCCCCCUCCCCCGCCCCCCGCCCCCCUCAUCCCCUCGGCCCAGACGGCCUUUGCUUCACCUCCCGGAGGCCCGAUGUCUCCCGGGCCGAUGGCCGGCGGCUACGCUCCGCCGCCACCACCUGUGUCCGGAGCGCAGGUAGCUCCGCCUCCUCCCGGCCCUCCGCCGCCUCCUCUCCCAGCUGGUGCCUCCCACUCCACCACCCACAAGAUGUCCUCUGCUGCGCCCGCCGAGUCCGCGGCGGUCAAUGACGCCCGCAGCGAUCUGCUGGCUGCUAUUCGUAUGGGCAUCCAGCUGAAGAAGGUGCAGGAGCAGCAGGAGCAGCAGGCCAAGAGAGAACCGGUCGGCAACGACGUGGCCACCAUCCUGUCGCGGCGCAUCGCCGUGGAGUACUCCGACUCGGAGGACGACUCCGAGUUGGAGGAGAACGACUGGUCGGAUUAAUACACACACACACACACACACAGAGUCAACAAAAUAGGAUAACCACUGAAACUACUCACACAGAAUCAAAUAUGCGGUCAGAUGAUCUUUGUGCUCACCUGAAGGAAUGCCCACCGUGCCACGCUCGCAGGUCGUCACUGACUUUGUUGCUGAAAACACACAGACACACACACACACACACACACCACACCUACUCACAAUCACAUGCUGUAGGUCUAUAUAAGCUGAAUGGUCCAAAACUGGAAAGCUGGGGGUGUAUUCAAGAUGUGUAAACACUGUA